AUGAUCUAUCUAUCUCAGUCUGUUCAUUAUCUAUCUAUCUAUCUAUCUAUCUAUCUAUCUAUCUAUCUAUCUCAUUCUGUUCAUAUCUAUCUAUCUAUCUAUCUAUCUAUCUCAGUUUAUUCAUUUUCUCUCUCUCUCUCUCUCUCUAUCUAUCUAUCUAUCUAUCUCAGUCUGUUCAUUAUCUAUCUAUCUAUCUAUCUAUCUAUCUAUCUAUCUCUGCUUUUUGUUCAUAUCUAUCUCAGCAAGACACACGGACGUUCGCUUCAAUUUCUGUUAAGGAAGUUCACAGCAAUUUACUACCACAAUAAUAACGAAGCUUUCCAUCCUUCCAGCAUGAUGUAUUACUCAUUGUUCGUCUCUGCUAUCUAUCUAUCUAUCUAUCUAUCUAUCUAUCUAUCUAUCUAUCUAUCUCAGUCUGUUGAUAGAUCUGCUCUCAGUCCUCCAUCCCACUUUCUAAAGAGGAUGACCGAGAUGGAAGCAUUUCCUCCUCCUCCAUACCAGAGUCCAGUAGCUGUUGUUGUUGGUGGUGGUGUUUUUCCUUCCGCUGCUGCUUUUUCGGCUGCUGCAGCUGCUGUUUCUCCGAAUGUUGCAGCUGCUAUUUUACCGACUGCUGUUACUGCUGUUUUACCGGCUGUUGCAACUGCUGUUUAA